GUCAACAUCAUUUAAAUCCGCUCAAUCUUUCUUCUGUCUUACUACCCAAACUUCCCAUGCGUGUCUGACAGCCAUUCCUCAUGGACUCGCCUAUCACAUCCGCAUCACCUGGUAGUGCACCACUAGUCCGACGGAAAUCAGCCCUUAAGAAAUCGUAUCCUAGAUCUUCUGUUGCUUCGGUAGACUCGAUUACUGCAUCGCCGUUGCAGCCUUCGCGAUCUGCCAAUCUCAACACGGAUGACCACGGAGCUGGCAAGAUGAACGACGAUGUAGCUGAGAAAGCUGCGAGGCGCAAAUCUGCACAUUUUGGCGAGCUCGGACAUGGGAACGUGCCUGGAGGAGAUAAGAGCGCACCAACACGUCGAGUCAUCUCAGCCCUCGCUGUACAAGCCCAACAGGCGCAACAGGCAGCUCUGGGAAACAGCGCGGGACCCAGUUCAAAACGAAGAGCGAGACUUAGUGCUGUAACUCCGGCAGCACCUGUCGUCAGCAUGGAGGUCAUGAACACCAACUUUGAAGAGUGGAUGAAGUUGGCGACAGAUAAUAAAAUCACAGCCACGAACACCUGGAACUUCGCCCUUAUCGACUACUUCGCUGAUCUGACACUACUCAGAAAUGAUGAAGAUCAAAGUAUCAAUUUCCAAAAGGCUUCCUGCACUCUAGACGGUUGUGUCAAGAUUUGGACGUCUCGUGUAGAUAGCGUGGCGACAGAAACGGGGAAGUUGCUCAGCGGUCUAGCCGGUGGAGGAGGAGUCGCAGAUGAUGAUGAGGCCGAGGAGGCAGAAGAGGAUGAAGAAGGGGUAGAGACGAGAAAAUCAAGGAAGACCGCGCGCUCAGAGGCUACCCUAGCCAAGACGUUCGCCGCCCUCCAGGUUAAAAAAUUUGAUCUCGAAUUCACAGUCGACCCGCUGUUCAAGAAGACCAGUGCUGAUUUCGAUGAAGGCGGGGCGAUGGGUCUCCUCAUGAACCACUUGGGCGUAGACGGCAAGGGUCGAGUUGUGUUCGAUGCUGGAGAUGCAGGUGUUGACAAUGAGGAGGAUGAGGCCCUCCCUGCCCAGGACGCAGAGGACGUCGACCUCACAAAAUUGAGAGCGUACAUCCCCGAGGUCGGCCGCGCAAUGGAACUCAACAUCUCCGAUACGCUGAGUUCGUUCAAGUUUUCUGCAAAUCCAGAAGAGACGCCAGAUCUCGCUUCGAUCCUUGGUUUGAAGGACACGUGGGACGAGCAAGCAUCGAUGUCUGGUUUUGGGGGCAUUCCAGCGCCAACGGGCGAUGCUCAGGACUUUUUUGGCGGCGAGGACUUCGACAUGGGAGGAGGUCUGCCAGGCGCAUUCGACGAUGCAGAAUCGGUUGGCGGAUUCGACCGCGAUCACGGGGAAGACGAAUUCGGCGGUGCUGGUGGCAUUGGCGUUGGUCUAGCUGGUCCAGGCGAUCAACACGGUCCAUUCGAUCCACGUCGACAAGGCCAAGGCGAACUGGUCAUGGCGCUCAUGGGAGAUGGAGACGAAGAAGGCAUGUUCGAUUACUUCGACAAGGGCUUUGGCAAAGCAUGGGCUGGCGCGGAGCAUUGGAAGCUCCGGCGUGUUGCCAAACGAGGUCAAGAUGCAGCAGCAACGACCACUCGAGCCGCAAGAGUCGCCAAGACGCCUUUCAGCAUCGAUUUCUCGGCUCCAUCGUCUGAAGCGACAUCGUCCAAGACAUUAUUCGCUCCAGCAUCAUCUUCUAGUCUUCUGCUCCCAUCUUCCUCUCGAAGUCGUCGCAAGUCAAAUAAGCGUAGCUCCAUCAAUGAUGCCCAAUCGCGCAGAGAAGAGUGGCUCUUACCCGACGACAUGCAUUUCAGUAGUCGCCAAUUGCUGAGUCUGUUCCUCAAGCCCAAAUUUGCGCUUCGUAUGAGACGGAACGCGAAUCGCACGCGUUUGGAGAAUGAUCCUAACGGAGAGAUUGACGAAAACUUCUGGGCUCAAGCUGCUGCAGACAGGAUUGAUAUUGGAGAAGGCGAUGUGGAUACUGGUGAUUCUGCGGCUAUCCCCUUUGAAUCCCAAUUCUUCCACGACGACGUUGAUGACGGCUUUGCGGACGACGGAAUUGACAUGGGCACGCCGAUGAUCGAUGGAGAUGAUGAUGACCUCUGGCAAGGUACUCAAGGGGGGCUAAGAAAGAGUCGACCCGAGAAUGUCAACUAUGCCAAAAAAGCAAAACGAGUGGAUGUGAAGAGACUCAAGGAUGAUAUUUGGAGCGGUCUGAAGACGCUCUUGCCGAAAGAUCAGCCUGAUUCACCUGAGGACGAGCCGAUGCAACCAACUACUCCUGCCAAGAGUGCAGAACAAGGAAAGACGUUUGACGGCAUCAUUCAAGACCUGAGAACGACAUAUCCAUCCGAAAAGAUGUCCGAGAUCUCUACUUCCUUCUGCUUCAUUUGCCUACUUCAUCUGGCCAACGAGGAAGGAUUGCGUAUCGAGACGGCGAGAUUCGAUGGCCAUGAAGGUGAAGAUGUAGGAUGUCAAGGUAUAGCUGAGGAUUUGGAGGAGGACGAGGAAAUGCAAAAGUACAUGCCGAAGAAGAUUUCGAAGAGGAUGGACGAAGGUGAAAGGUCGGAUCGCGUCGUUGGGGAGCUCCAGGCUCUCAAAGUGUUCAAGGAUCCAAACGCUGGGCGUGCAGCUUAGGGAGUCUCAUCUGGUCAUUUGGGCGCGGGUAUU